CCACCACCCUUCACGCCCGCCUCACCGUCCACAAAACCAGUCACAGAUCUGCUCGACCCCUCAAAAAUCUACAUAACCCACCUCGACCGCCUUCCCAUCCCGCAGAAACAAACCAUAUUCCUCAUCCCCAUCCUCCUCAACGGCGUCAUCGCCCUGCUCCUCCUUUGGCGCCUCUAUCACGCCAUACCAACCUACUGGAUCCUCAUCCUCACCCUUCUCGGAAACAAAACCGUCGCGACGGUAGAUGUCGUGCAUACCACUAUGAAGCAGCAGAUGUGGGUGCUCGCGAAACGAGUCGGGAUUAUGGCAGCGGACUAUUUGUUGUUUGCGUAUAUUGGACCUUGGCCGGUGACGUUUUUCGCGGAGCAACCUGCGAAUCCGUGUUCGUGGAGGUGGAGGGUGGGCUUUAAAGAAGAGGAGAUGGUGGUGAGGGUGAGUCGGGGUUGGGGAGCGGAGGAAUUGUUUGCAGGGAAGAAGAAAGGUGGAGAGAGCGCGUUUUGGAAAACGAGAGUGGAGACUGCGGUUGCGAGGGAGAUCAUGGCGAAGACGGGGUAUUUGAUGAUGGGUGUGGAUUGGGAUUUGGAUUUUGAGGCCAUGAUAUACUUGGAAGCAUUGGUGGGAAAGGGCGAGGUGAGGAGUCGGGAGAUUGAUCAGGUUGUUUGGGGGUUUGUGGAGGGAGUAGGAUGGGGUUGUUGGAGGUUUGGAGAGGGCGAAGGUGAUACGGAGGAAGAGAGGAGGAGGGAGGUGGUGAGGUUUAAGGAUGUGCUGACCGGUAUGGGCAAGGAGGGGUUGUUUUGGAAGUGGACGGAGAUUGUGGAAGAGGAGAGAGGUGAAGAUGGAGAGUUCACGGUGGAGGGCAGGGAGAGGGUGGAGAGCAGGGUGAAGGAGGCCUUUGAGAAGGAGGGCGUGGACUUUGAGGAGGUGAAGAGGAAA